AUGACCUGUCCCUGGAAGUUUAUGUUCAAGGCCAAAUCUUCCCAGUAUGACUUGACUGAGCAAAAGGACAUCAACAACAAUGUGGGGAAAGCCAUCUGGCCAACUUCCAGUCUCGUGACACAGGAUGACACCAAGUGUCACAGCCUCAGCAAGCCCUGGAAUGGGUCCUCCCCACCCCUCACAGGGGCGGGACAGAAGUCUCCAGAAUCCCAGGUCAAGUUGGACGUACCCCCAUCGGCCUGCGCACGGCACGUGAGGAUCAAAAACUGGGGCAGCGGGAUGACUUUUCAGGACACCCUUCACCACAAGGCCAGCGCGAAUCUCGCUUGCAAGUCCAAGUCUUGCCUGGGUGCCCUCAUGAGCCACAAAAGUUUUACCCGAGGAACAAGGGACAAGCCUACACCCCCGGAUGAGCUUCUACCUCAAGCUAUUGAAUUUGUCAACCAAUAUUAUGGGUCUUUCAAAGAGGCAAAAAUAGAGGAACAUCUGGCCAGGGUGGAAGCAGUAACAAAGGAGAUCGAAACAACAGGAACCUACCAGCUGACAGGGGAUGAGCUCAUCUUUGCCUCCAAGCAGGCCUGGCGCAAUGCCCCCCGCUGCAUUGGGAGGAUCCAAUGGUCCAACCUAAAGGUCUUUGACGCCCGGAGCUGUACCACUGCCAAGGAAAUGUUUGAGCACAUCUGCAGACAUGUGCGCUAUGCCACCAACCAGGGCAACAUCCGGUCGGCCAUCACGGUGUUCCCCCAGCGGACUGAUGGGAAGCACGACUUCCGGGUGUGGAAUGCUCAGCUUAUCCGCUAUGCUGGCUACCAGAUGCCCGACGGCACCAUCAUAGGAGACCCCGCCUGUGUGGAGCUCACCCAGCUGUGCAUUGACCUGGGUUGGAAGCCCAAGUAUGGCCGCUUCGAUGUGGUGCCUCUGGUCCUGCAGGCAGAUGGCCGUGACCCUGAGCUCUUUGAAAUCCCACCUGACCUUGUGCUCGAGGUGCCCAUGGAGCAUCCUAAGUACGAGUGGUUUCGGGAGCUGGGCCUGAAGUGGUACGCCCUGCCUGCAGUGGCCAACAUGCUGCUCGAGGUGGGCGGCCUCGAGUUCCCAGGAUGCCCUUUCAAUGGCUGGUACAUGGGCACGGAGAUUGGGGUCCGGGACUUCUGCGACGUCCAGCGCUACAACAUCCUGGAGGAGGUCGGCAGAAGGAUGGGCCUGGAAACACACAUACUGGCCUCCCUCUGGAAGGACCGGGCUGUCGUUGAGAUCAACGUCGCCGUGCUCCACAGUUUCCAGAAGCAAAAUGUGACCAUCAUGGACCACCACUCAGCUGCAGAGUCCUUCAUGAAGUACAUGCAGAAUGAAUACCGGUCCCGGGGGGGCUGCCCGGCUGACUGGAUUUGGCUGGUCCCCCCGAUGUCUGGGAGCAUCACCCCUGUGUUUCACCAGGAGAUGUUAAACUAUAUCCUGUCCCCUUUCUACUAUUAUCAGGUGGAGGCCUGGAAAACCCACAUCUGGCAGGAUGAGAAGCGGAGGCCCAGGGGAAGAGAGAUUCAAUUCAAAGUCUUAGCCAAAGUCGUGCUCUUUGCCUCUGUGCUGAUGCACAAAGCCAUGGCGUCGCGAGUCAAAGUCACAAUCCUCUUUGCAACGGAGACGGGAAAGUCAGAAACGCUGGCACGGGACCUGGGGUCCUUGUUCAGCUGUGCCUUCAACCCCCAGGUUGUGUGCAUGGACGAGUACAGACUGAGUGACCUGGAGGAGGAGCAGCUGCUGCUGGUGGUGACUAGCACGUUCGGGAACGGAGACUCUCCUGGCAACGGAGAGAAACUGAAGAAAUCACUCUUCCUGUUGAAGGAACUCACUAACAAAUUCAGGUACGCUGUGUUUGGCCUUGGCUCCAGCAUGUACCCUCAGUUCUGUGCCUUUGCACAUGACAUUGACCAGAAGUUCUCCCACCUGGGGGCCUCUCAGCUCACCCCGACAGGGGAAGGAGAUGAGCUCAGUGGGCAAGAGGAAGCCUUCCGCAGCUGGGCCGUGCAAACAUUCAAGGCAGCAUGUGAGACGUUUGAUAUCCGAGGCAAACACCAUAUUCAAAUCCCCAAGUUGUACACCUCCAGUGAGAGCUGGGACCCACACCAGUACAGGCUCGUGCAGGACUCGGAGCCUUUGGACCUCAACAAAGCCCUCGGCAGGAUGCACUCCAAGAACGUGUUCACCUUGAAGCUCAAAUCCCGGCAGAACUUACAGAGUCUGAAAUCCAGCUACUGGGUCAGGGACAAGAGAUUGCCUCCCUGCUCACUCAGGCAGGCCCUCACUUACUUCUUGGACAUCACCACACCUCCAACCCAGAUGCUGCUCCGAAAGCUGACCCCACUGGCCACGGAAGAGGCUGAGAGACAGAGGCUGGAGGCCCUGUGCCAGCCCUCAGAGUACAACAAGUGGAAGUUCGCCAACAGCCCUACGUUCCUGGAAGUUCUUGAGGAGUUCCCGUCCCUGCAAAUAUCUGCUAGCUUCCUACUCUCCCAGCUCCCCACUCUGAAACCCCGGUACUACUCCAUCAGCUCCUCCCAGGACCACACUCCCACAGAGGUCCACCUCACUGUAGCCGUGGUCACAUACCGCACCCGAGACGGCCAGGGUGCCCUGCACCAUGGCGUUUGCAGUACUUGGCUCAGCAACUUGAAGCUCCAAGAUCCAGUGCCCUGUUUUGUGCGCAGUGCCAGUGGCUUCCAGCUCCCUGAGGACCCCACCCAGCCUUGCAUCCUCAUCGGGCCUGGUACGGGCAUUGCCCCCUUUCGCAGUUUCUGGCAGCAGCGGCUCCAUGACAUCGAGCACAAAGGGCUUCAGGGAGGCCGCAUGACCCUGGUGUUUGGAUGCCGCCACCCCGACAAAGACCACCUCUAUCGGGAGGAGAUGCUGGAGAUGUCCCAGAAGGGAGUGCUGCAGGAGGUGUAUACAGCCUAUUCUCGCCUACCAGACCGGCCCAAGGUCUAUGUUCAAGAUAUCCUGCGGCAGCAGCUGGCUGGCGAGGUGUUCCGUGUGCUCCAGGAAGAGCAGGGCCACCUCUACAUCUGUGGGGAUGUGCGCAUGGCGCGGGACGUGGCACACACCCUGAAACAGCUGGUGGCUGUCAAGCUGAGCCUGAGUGAGGAACAGAUUGAAGACUAUUUCUUCCAGCUCAAGAGCCAGAAGCGCUAUCAUGAAGAUAUCUUUGGUGCUGUAUUUCCCUAUGAGGUGAAAAAGGACAGGGCGGCAGGCCAGCCCAGCGAUCCCAGAGCUCUGACGACCCACAAGACAAGUUAA